AUGUCGAGCACAUCACGCCACAAGUCGUGCUUCGCAUGUAUCAAGACUAAGCGAAAGUGCGACAGAACAUGGCCCAGAUGCCAGCGGUGCGUCGCGAAAGGCUCUGAAUGCCAAUACAUCGGCCGAAAUCGUCAUCAACCACGGCGGAACAUUGAUUACGAUGUAGAUCAAUCUGUUCCUGCCUCGGAGCCCGUGGGUGGACAGCCAUCUGGCAACUGGCAGCUGCAGCAAUAUCACGCGGAACCGACAUCGUUGCUCACAACGUGCCUGGAUGGUGCUCUGUUCGAAUUUCCUAAUCACCCUUUUAACCUUGGUAAUAUGCCAGACGAUGACACCUUCAUAUUCGAUAGCAUCCAAGACAAUGUCGCUCAACAGGCGCCGAGCAGUGCCGAUCCAACAAUCGUACGAGCCAACACUUCGGAUGCAGGACUUCAGCCUCGUGUAGAGUUCGUGGCGAAGCGAAUAGCAGCAAUUCCGAGGACGUUCGCAGAGCAAGGGCAAACGAUGUUCAUCCACCGGAUGCAAUUUCAGCAGAGAUGUUCUCCGGCUUUGCAGGACGCAAUGAGCAUGUGCGCCUCGUAUUGCAUGAAGGGUGUGGCAAACCAGACAUUGGUAUUUCGGAAUCUGGGCCAUAGAUGUCGGCAGCUGAUCGCAAGCACCAAUGCGCUACUCGCUUCCAAAACGGAUCUUCUUGCGGCUCUGCAAGCGCUCCUGCUUUACCAGAUAAUGCGACUCUUCGAUGGCGACAUCCGUCUCAGGGCCGAUGCGGAGGCCGAUGAACCGAUUUUGAUCCUAUGGGCCAGCCAACUCAGGGCUCACACAUGCAACGAAGCACAGGCGACAUUUACUACACAAGGUUCGAUGGACACGAGUAUUGUGACCAUUGAUUGUAAGUCGGACUGGCAGUCCUGGCUCGUUGAGGAGAGCAUCCGACGCACGGUGAUAACCUCAUUCAUGCUGAAGGGUGUAUACAGUUUCCUGAAACUGGGCUACGACAGGCCCACGGAACUGCACGUAUGCUUCACUGCACAAGCAGCGCUUUGGGGUGCGCAGUCCGAUAUCAGCUGGCGUAGGGCGCAAGAAGGGAGGGAGCGACUCGAGAUGCGCGUCACACUUUGGGACGAGGAAAUGGCAAAGGCGAAACCAAAGGACCUGGAGGAGCUCGGUGUACUAAUUAUGACGAUGCUAUGGGCACCUGAGGCCACGCGGAUAUGGUUGGGACAAUAUUUUACUUUCAAGCAUGGCUUGGAGACUGCUUAG